AUGUACAUAGUGUAUCGAGACACAGACCUUCUUAGCACCGUAUCUUCCAUGGUAGCAGCUUACCGUGAUAUUGAUUUGGUGGAAACAGUUUCAACGACAAACGUGAAGAGCAUUAUUGAUUUUGGAAGAUUUUACAUUCGAGAGAACACCAAGUCCCCAUACAGUUGCUUGCUCCAUAUACUAUUCGUGUUGGAAGCUGUAUUGCACGGUUCAAUUUUUCUAUUUAUUUAUUUGUGCAUUGCCAACCAGCACAACAUACGGGCAGUAUUUCAACUCAUUUGCGGCUGGGCGACAGAAAUUCUUGUUUCUGCUACAGCAGCGGUUAAUAUUGUACGCAUUAUGAACGGAUACGAAACAUGGGAAAUCACGUUUCAACCUCUGAUGUCGUUCUCAAGAUUGUCCUAUGUUGUCAUCAUUGUCAUGUUGAGCUCCCGCAACCUCCUCCGCACAAUUGAUGACUUGAAUUGUCGAAACUCCUACGAAAGUUCAAGUGGUAUUCAUAAGAGGUUGUUUCGGUUUUAUACCGGUAGCUCACUAUUGAGAACAGGGAACAAUAUCAAGAUAAGAAUACUCAAGUGGUUUUUUGCAGGGUUUUCUGGCAAUGAAGGGGAAACCAUUUUGAUCCCGAACAUUACCAAAAUAAUGAUUGUGAACUACUUUGGUCUAUUCCUCUUGUAUUCGUUACUAAGGGGUGUCUUUACUAUCACUUUGAAUGGUAAUCAUCUACAAUACUUACUGUCUCGAUUGAAACGUUUUUUUCAAGCUAUCUGCAUUAGU